AUGGCAGCUCAAGCCCCGACUAUGGCAGUCCCUACGGACGCCCAGCUGAUUCAGGCGCAGGCUGGCCUAUGGCGCCAUAGCCUGUGCCACCUCACAGCCAUAGCACUCAGGUGCGCCGUCCAGCUCGGCGCCUUAGCGUCCCCUGAGGAGGGGAUCUACUCCCUCGUCCCGCUAUCAUACCUCCUGGUGGAUGGUGUAUUCAUUGAUGGUGAGGCCAGCCAGAAGGCCAUUGUGCUUGCCACGACCUCAAGACAUUACAUAGAGGUGACCUUGGGGCUAGCUGACUGGUUCAAGAAGGACAUUGCACCACCGCCAUCACCAUUUGAAGAUGUGCAUGGUGCCACACUCUUCGAGGAGAGUAUGGCGCUCCUCGACCCAGAGUCAGACAAGGUGUUCCAUGAAGCUUUGGCUGCCCAUGACCAUUUGGGGAUCGGCACCAUAUUACGGGAAUGCCAUGACUUAUUCAAGGGGGUGCAGUCACUCACCGACUGUUUUGGUGGUGAUGGAACGACGGCUAGGGCUAUUUUCAAGGCCUUCCCGCAUAUCAAGUGCAAUGUGUUGGACCUUCCGAGGGUGAUCGAGAAAGUCCCAAGUGAUGGUAUAGUUAACUAUGUCGCUAGUGACCUAUUCCAUACCAUUCCACCUGCUCAAGCUGUGAUGCUUAAGGAAGAAUGUGUACCUGGGCCAUCGUCAAUUUCUUCCGACCAACCAUCAAUGUCGAAAGAAAGGCAAGCAUUUCAAAGGCGAGGCAGAUCACCGGAAGAAGCCCGCCAUGCAUACCGGUGA